CUGUUCUGCAUCAUCAUGCCCUCAGCUCUGCUGCUCCUCUAACAGAAAGGAAGAAAAUCUAACUGGUGUCUAUUGCAGCAGCUGCUCCUUCGUAUCUUGUAUCUACCAAUCAGAAAGCAACACCGGUCUCAGCCUUGAUGGAGGAAAAGCUGAGUGGCGUCGUGACAGAACAAAGGAAAAUGUCCAGAUGACAGCAGGUGAUACAUUCCCACUAUGCUGGCAUAGCUGGUCAAUUGACAGCUCAAGAACACGCCCUUCCUGCUGAACACCCAUAGUGCAGCGAUGAUUGUUAGGAGGAAGGCUUGUGUUGCCUUGGUGAUCGCUGCCAUCCUCUUCCUCAUGAUUGCCAGCCAGAGCAUUCAGAGGAGGUAUUUCCUGUUGCAGCCUGCAGCUCCGCCCAGAGGCCACAGCGCGCCCAGUGGCAGGAUGACAGCAGCUGAAUUCACAGGCCCAAUUUCAGGUCAGGCACCUCCUUACCUGAAACCUGAACAAAUUCCCUUUGGUCCCACCGAGGAAGAGAUGGUUGAGGAAGAAAAUGACGAGGAGGAGGAAGAGAUGGUGAUUCAGGAGCAGCUUAUGAAAAACGCUAAGCUGUGUGGCUGCUCUGAUGCCUGUAUUUCAGACAACAAUGGGUCGAAAUGGUUCAGCCAGCGCUACGACGCUAAACAGCAGCCCAUCAUCAAAGAGACCGGCAAUAAUUUUGACUCUGAUGCACUUCAAUGGUGGCUGAGUCUUCAACGGGCCGGUAACGAUCAGUCCUUGGAGGAAGUGAUCUCAAAGAUGUUCCAGGUCAUAUCCUCACCCUCUAUAGACUUGGAGCCCGUGCCCUCACGUUGCCGUAGUUGUGCAGUGGUUGGCAACUCUGGCAACUUACGGCAUUCUGGACACGGCGCACUCAUUGAUUCUCAUGGCUUCGUGUUCCGGAUGAACAAGGCGGUGACUAAAGGGUUUGAGGAAGAUGUCGGUCGUCGGACGACGCAUCACUUCCUGUACCCAGAGAGUGCAGUGGACAUCAGUAAUGGUACCAGCCUCAUCCUGCUGCCAUUCAAACUGAGAGACCUGGAGUGGCUGACCAGCGCGCUGUCCACCGGAACAGUCAAAAUGACCUACAUGAGGGUUAAAGCGAGAGUGCAGGCUGAUAAAGAUAAGGUUGUUGUGGUGAACCCAGUGUUCUUUAAGUAUGUUCAUGAACAUUGGAACGAGCAUCAUGGUCGCUACCCGUCCACCGGCAUGCUGGCCAUCAUCUUUGCUCUGCAUGUCUGUGACCAGGUGUCAGUGUUUGGUUAUGGUGCAGACAAGCAAGGAAACUGGCAUCAUUACUGGGAGAAGAAUCAGUUUGCCGGAGCCUUCAAGAAGACCGGCGUCCACAGUGCUGAUUUUGAGAAUCAGAUCAUCCAACACCUUGCCAACGAAGGCAAGAUCACUCUACACCUCAACACAACAACAUCCGUGCAGACAGAACUAGGCACCAACGACAGACUGGCACAUAAACUCAACUGACCUCUACCUGGCUGAUCGUCAAAACACCUGGCUGUCCUCUGGCACUCAAAAACCAAAUCUGAGCCAGUUUUUAGACCAUACAUUUGUUGUUUUGGGUAGAAAUUAGACUCCUGCACUUUUUCUGUCAGUCACCACAACUGCCUUGAGUCAGACAUCCAGGAAUGCUGGAUUAAUGAAUGUUGUUAAGCUUUUUCAGACAGCUGAAUUACCUGUGGACACAUCUCUGAGGCUUAUCUAAUUUAGAGAUCCCCUGCCUCUUCCAACAUUUGCUGGCUGAAAGAAGUUAAAGCUCAACUCAAAGAAAUCAGUCUGUUUUUCUAGACCUAAAACCAACUUUCCUGACGUGUGCAACUGCUGGGAUAGACCACAAAGACCUUUGCUGUGAGAUGGAAACAACCACAAACUUUAUUUUAUCCUAUCUUUGUUUUUAUUGGAUUUUAUAGCUACACAGGGAUAACCUUUCUUCUUCUUCUUCUUCUUCUUUUUUUUUUUUUUUAAAUAAAAGCACUUUUUCCUUAAGAAGAAAUGGUGGUCAAGUGAGGGAAGUGUUCACUUGGCCACAUAAGAUUUCUUGCAUUGUAUAUCAUUUAUAAUCCAUCCAUUUUAUUUGAUCCUAAUUUUAACACAAACCGUCCUGACCUAGAAGAUCAUGACAAACAUUUUAAGCCUUGUUACUUCUGCAUUUUCAGAAUGUAACCCAAUGAUACUUGGAACUUCCUGUCCUGUCUUGGUUCUCAGCCUGUGUGAUUCAGCAGUCUGCUGCAGUCUCAAGGUUUGCAGCUGAUUUAAUCCAAAAUAGGGAGAUAUUAGUUUGGUUUAGUUUUCUAAUCAACGCACAUAAGCCCCUGUUGUAUCCAACCUUCAUGGGAGUAGUAAAGUCAGGAGAACCAGUCCUUCUGUUCCACGUCAAUACAAAAAUACUCAAAAUGUGGUGAUACUUGAGCCAGAACAUUUUAGUUCAUCUUAUACUCAUAAACCUAAACUUAGUUAGGGAACAGAAAUAGGGAGAUUGGAAAUAUAAGGGCUGAUAUUGGCACGUCACAGGUAACAUCACUGUUAGUGUACAUGUCAGAUACACUCCAAUAUGGAAACUUGUGUGUAAUGUGUACACAGAAUGAAAGGUGAGCGUGACGACCUUUAUGCUUUCUAAGUAAAGUUCCAGGAGAUUAAUUUUGCUUAGGCUAACAUAACUUGUAACUUGAGCUAGGUGCACCUCGUGAUGAUUAUUAUUAAAUAAACUCAGCAAAAAGCAUGUAAAUUCAGUGUCAGUAUAAACUACCAAUGUUCUUCAGAUAUGCUUCGGUUAUUGAAGCUGUAGACUGUUGAACUUCAUGGGAAGAUGUCUUUUAAGUCGUAAACAAAGCUCAACAAAUUAGGCUGAAAAAGAAGACCACACACAACUUUAAAGAUUUAUUAAACAAAACCUGAAAAGGACAAAGUCGCUCUGCAACAUCACCAGUGUGUGCUGUGGGUAGAUGAGUAGAAGAUGUAGCUCAGUUUUACUUGAUGUAAAACAACCAAAAAUAACAGUUUCACAGCGUGUAGAUGGCUAUCAGCCCAGUAUUGUGAAUGUACAAAUACGAGGUACAGAUUGUCUCAAAGUCAUCUCAGUAUUAAUGACUUUUUAACCACCAUGAGCAGUUUGGGAACAUUUUCACUUUUUUUGUUUUGUUUUUUUGAGUCUGAAACCAUGGACUGCUUGUUUAGACCUACUUUGAAGCUUUUUUUUGGGGGGGGGGGGCAGGAAAGAGGGAGGAGGGCUAUGUUACCAGCUGAUGUUUGCAAGCCUGGUUACUAACUAGACUUUAGGUUAGUGUUAAGCAACAGACUGAGAAACAAAGACCAAAAGCAUGCAAACUUUUGCUCUCCAAAAUUGGACCACAGAUGUUUUUUGUUGCCUGAUAGUACAACUAAUGGCACAUCAGGCCAUGUUAUUCAAAUUUGGCAGUUACAGCUGCCUACAUGUGAUUUUAUUUCAUUUCGAAGCUAGCCUCAAGUGGCCUUUAGAGAAAAGCAUUUCUACUUUGGGUUUCCUUCUUGACAUUAAGUAAGAAAUUCUAUAUUAGUAGCAGUCAUCACAGUAGUAUGAGUAGUUUCUCCUUGAGAACAUGUGGGUUUUGUGGAUUUUGUAAAGAUUGGGGAAAAGGAGCAUGGCAGCUUUGAAGUAUGUCGACAAAGGCAGAUAGAUCUGCUUAUAUUUUCAUGUGUGAUACAGAUCAUCGGAGAGGUUUACCUUAUUAGUCUGUUACUUUGCACUAAUUAACAGAUAUGGGUGUAAUGCAAACAUACAGUCUAUAAGUACAGAUUCUUAACCAAGACAAAAUGGUGACUAAUGGAUGCAGUGUGAUGCACUGUCCAGAAACCAGUGGGUGAUGUCACAGAAACUAUUAUGUCUUUUAUAUAAAGUCUGAGGAAUCAUAGCUUUUGGGCUUCACACAGUUGGGUCACAUGUGCCAUCAUCGACGUGGGCAGGAGGUAAAUAUAGUAUUACAUUCUGGGCUUAAGACCCGUGAAAACUGGGGGACAUUUUUAUCUUGUUUUUAUUUUUUUAGUGGCCCUUUUAAGGUUGUCAUGAAGAGUCUGUAAUUUGUCUCUGAUCUGCCCCCUACUGGAUGUACUUUUUAAACCACAAGUUGAUGAACACAACUGUUUGCUUUGUAAUCCUAUGCGUAUGUGUACUUUAAAAAAAAUGGCUGUUAUAAGAAACAAACAGCCUACUGUAGUAAUGAGGUUGGCGUGUUAACAGGCUGUUUUAAUGCAACAAAAACAUGCAUA